GGAAUGCGGAUUUGAUCGUGAAAGCGCAGCGCCCUGCUGGCAGCCCGUCAGUCCGACUGUUCGUCCGCUGCGAUCCAUGCACCAGCUGUUGCGAGCUUUUCGCUUGCAAAGUCUUUGAAAUUUGAAAAUAAUUACCGGUCACGAGCGCUCCGUUGACUGCUCCUCGUGUGUCGGUCGCAUCGAUUCCCACUUUAUGCUUCGGAACUGAGUUCACCGAGAACUCUUCUUCUGGUUCGAAUCGUUAGGUUUUGUCGAGCGGUUUCCGUGCAAUUGGAUGUGGAUUGCAUCGGAUGUGGGAUGUAAUGUCCAUGCCCUCUGGAUCGGGCUACGAUCCAAGUCAUGCGUCGUACAAGGUUAGCGCACCUCCCUCGCAUAGUUGAACAGAUGUUUCAGAAAUGGGAGCUCGUGCGAGAAUACUGCAGGAAUUAGAUCGCUCGUGAUCCUUAGCGGGCGGAGAGAAACAGCGCUUGCAAGUCGUGAAGAGUCUCGGGGCUCAUUGUUGCGCGAGAAUCUGCGCAAAGUCUUGCCCGAUUCGGGUCGCAAGAGAGUCUGUACAGAUCGCCUUCAUGCCACGAGCGAUUUCAGCCGUGGGCUGUGCGCCCGUCGCAAGAUGCACGAGUGAAUCUACAUCUCGUCCUCGAAUCGGAUGCUACACGGCAAUCAACAAACACCCGCGCACCGUCGCUGCUCAAAUUUCGCGAGCCGAGCGGAUCGGAUCGGCCAAAGUCUCGUCCCGCGACCACCUCGGAACUGCGAGUUUCAGAUUCUGAAGUGACGUCCGACGACGCCAUCCAUCUUGCACUGUGCGAACGAUCAUUGUCGAAGUGACGAUGAUUUUCGUGUAAGCUGGAAGACGAAUAAAUUUGGCGACGAGUUCGUUCGUUCGUGCGUCUCUGAGCUGAAUGUCAUGAAAAGAAAUUUCGUCGAAUGUGACGCGGCGAAGCAAUUUGUCGAGCAAACGAAUCUGUCGUGUAAGAAAUGGAACGGGGAUGGGAUUUCUUCCAUCGAGAAAGAACUCGACGGAUGCCAUUACGAUCGAAUGUCGUGCCAUGUGCUUGCAAUCUGACUGACUGACUGACUGACUGCCUGCCUGCCUGCCUGCCUGCGACGUGUGGUCGACUGCUUGGACACGGAUGAUGGUGGUGAUGAUGAUGGUGACGAUAAGCGCUCGGAGGUUCUGUGAGGAAUGAAACGCGGAGUUGGACCAGUCCGAAUUGACCGGAGCAUCGUGAUGCGGAUGACGUCGACGCGAGUGAAUGAAGCUCGACAGCGAAUCGGACAAACGGGCCACUCGUGCAACGCAUUGCUCGUCUCCGGGGGAGUGUUGGAAAUAGAUGCGACGGUAAUUGGACAGCGAUCGCAGCCUCGUCGCGCCCCGUCGUCGUCGGUGGGAGAAGGAAAAUUAAUGCACAAACUUUGCUCACGGAGACAAUUGAGAUGUUCGUGCAGAUCGAUCUUUCUGCGGGGGCUCGUCCACGGAUGUCAGAUCAUUGCGAUGCCGAUCCUUCUGGUAGUUGACCUCUGUAACUACGCAUUUCAACUUUUGUCGAACAAGGAAACCCGAUGCUUCUAAUUUAAGCAUCGGGUGGGCCUUUUGGGCUUCGGGAUGGAGAUUGCUCGGCCCUGCCAUCGCCCAAAUUGGCUGAUCGUUUCGUUGACGCGGGUCCAUGUAACUGGUAUGCAAUAAUAGAUGCCUGAUUGACCAAUGGCGUCGGGGCUCACUUAAAUUUCAUCACCGAACUCUUCGAGCUGUCUGAUCUAGUCCACAAAGCAUGACGGCUCCGUCAGUGGCUCCUCUCCUAUGGAGGCCACAAUCGGGACCGUCCUAAGCGCCUGCUGCUGGUGGAUCGAUCUUUAUUUCCAUCGGGGGGCUGCUGUCCAUCUGCUCAGGACCACAAAUCGUUUUCUGGAUUUCUAGUGGCUCGACCCGGAGCAAAUCAACGCAGGGCAUGCACUCGGUGCUCAUCUUCGUGCAUGCUGUUAACGAACGAAGGAGUAGCAGCAGCAGCACGACGAUGGUGUGUGCUCUUGACCCUCGAGCAUGUCAGUGGUCAGAGCUUCAUUCAUUACUGUCGAUCCGUUGGGGGGCCACAUCAGUUCCGCCAAGUUGCACCUUAUCUCAGGGAGCUUGCAAAUUCAUCCGAGCAUCAAGAUGCGCUUGCAGCAGGCAUGUGCUGGAAUGACCUUCAUUCACAUGCCUAUGGGCCUCUGCUAUGCCCACACACCCACAACGUGAACAGAAGUCACCAGCACAGCAAGCCAACAAAAUGCCUUUCGUAUGAAUUUGGCACAACCAUUUUUAUGUUAAUUAUUUCAGUGCAUAACAAUCAGAUUAGAGUCUUGCGUCUCUAAAGGGUCGGUUUGAGCCAGGUACAGUAAAGAGAAGUGCUUAUAAGUUGGUCCUCAUAAGUUGUCCCCCAUGGAGAAAAACACCAAGAAUUAUGAUUGAUAUUUGUGAAUCUGAUUACUUCUGUUUCGGGUUCCCGAUGAAGAAGUCAGAGGAGAUUGACAUUGUUGCCAACUGUUUGAUAGCACCAAACGUCAGUGUAGUGUUACACCUUCGACUAUUACACCGCCUUUGUCUUCAACUUGUCGACAGCGAGGUGAGUACAGAUAGAGGGUUUGUGCUGUACAGUAGUACUUUACUUGUCUCUCCGGACAUCUCACAUGUCAAUCUUAUUCGAGGUCUGACAAAUGACUUUAGAAAGCUCGGUACCUUUACGAUCUUUGUGCCUGGCAAAGUAGAAGGCAAACACCGCACCUUAGUAGGGAGGGACCUCAGGUGAGGCAUGACAAUAUUCUUUCUCCUUAUAUCUCACAGUACAUGUGUUCCGGAUCUCUGACAUGAACCCUACUCUAACCUGGAUUUGUAAACUCAGAGUUCAAAUUCAGAGCAUCGACAUUAUAUUGGACCUUGUACGGAGUUCCUUGCUCUGAAUUUCUGCACAGGUUCAUGUCUUUUACAAGUCACACUUUAAAACAUCUACUGCUCUAGUGAACUGCGCAUUCUAGGGGCACCAAGACCUACCAAACGCAACGAUGUAGGUAGAGAAAAAUUUCUCCAACUCCAUCGAGAUUUUUAAGCAG